UGAUCACAUUCGGAUGGAAGACAUUACAGAGAUAUGGUUUGAAAUAACAGUACAUUUAUAAAGGAAACAACAUGUGGUUCAGUCUUCUAGUCGUCGCUGUGAUAUACGCACUGUGGAAACUCUUUUACAAGGAGGACGAUCCUAUAGACUCAUUACCUGGUCCUGCCAAAUUACCGAUCAUUGGUAAUAUGUUGGAUAUGUUCAACAUGACGCCUGGCGAAAAAUUCAAGUAUGAACGACAACUUUCAAAGACGUACAAACAACGGUACAUGCAGAAGGUGUUCUAUCGUCGCAUCGUCUACCUCCACCACCCUGACGAUGUCGAGGUCGUCCUGUCACACUCGAAGAAUAUUACCAAGAAUGUGAUUUACGAUUUCUUGAAACCCUGGCUCGGUACUGGCUUGCUACUAUCAACCGGCAGUAAAUGGUACAAGAGAAGGAAGAUCCUAACUUCGGCAUUCCAUUUUGAUAUACUCAAGGACUUCGCAAGUCUCUUUGAGGAGAGGAGCCGUCGUCUGGUGGACCAGCUUAGGGCCAAUAACGGAGAGGCAAUAAGCAUAUUACCUGUCAUGAAUAACUUCACUUUGCUUACCAUUUGUGAGACCGCAUUGGGCACAAAAUUAGACACAGACCGAUCGGUAAACACGGCAGCAUACAAAGAUGCCAUCUCGAAAAUCGGUCAAAUAUGUAUAUAUCGACUGUCCAGAAUUUGGCUUUACAUCGAUGCAAUAUUCAAUAGAACAAGUGCGGGCAGAGAAUUUGCUAAAAACGUUGACAUCAUCCAUUCUUUCGCUGAUAACGUCAUCGUCCAGAGAAAGGAACAGAGACUGAACAGCCUUGAUAAAGGACUGGUGGAACGUGAUGAAUUUAACAGAAAGAAGAGAACGGUGCUGUUGGAUUUGCUUCUAGAAGCAGAAGCGAAACGUGAAAUUGAUUUAGAGGGAAUCCGGGAAGAAGUCAACACAUUUAUGUUUGCGGGACACGAUACUACGGGGACUGCUUUGACUUUCUCGCUCAUGCUGCUAUCAGAUCACGAGGAAGCACAGGAACGCAUCUUGGAAGAGUACAAUGAAGUAAUGCGCGGUAAAGAAACGCCGACUCUGUCCGAAUUCGCAGAAAUGAAAUACCUCGACGCGGUCAUCAAGGAAACCUUAAGGCUAUAUCCGAAUCCGCACAGAAUAGGCAGAGUUCUAACCGAAGACAUCACUUUAGGUGGUGUACCAAUGAGGGCUGGUACAGAAGUAUGCGUGCUAACCAUCGACCUGCAUUACCGCGAGGACUUCUUUCCCGAGCCUGAGAAAUUCCGGCCCGAGAGGUUCCUCCGUGGGGAAAUACAGCAUCCGUACAGCUUUGUUCCGUUCAGCGCGGGACCCAGGAACUGCUUAGGUCAAAAGUUCGCCAUGCUGGAGAUUAAGAGCGUCUUAACUCACAUCUGCAAUAACUUCAAAUUAGUGCCGAUGAAGAGGAACUGGCGAGUCGAGACAGUCAGCGACAUAGUUCUGAAACCAGCCGAACCUAUUUACAUUAAAUUUGUACCGCGAUAAGUUCCAAACGUUGCUGGUUCACAUCGAGCUCGAUCGAAGACACAACGCCUUGACUUCGUGUUAGUUUUAUUUGCUUCCAAUUGUAGGGGAAUGAUACCCCGCCCCGCUUAGCUGUUUACUAUGCAGUUAUAGUAAUGAGCAACAUACGUUAGUCAGUCAGUGGUCAACGUGCAGCGAUCCACCGCGGUCGCUGACGCGAAUAAACAUGUUAUUAUUAGUAAUGUUUUACUGACCGCCCCGAUGAAGUUUAUGGAGGACAACACGCAUCAAACAUCCAACGCACACACCUCCUCCUUCUUCACCCAAUAAACCUCACACAAUCUUGGUCGUAUUUACGAAUUACGUUACUCUUAGCGGUCACAAACUACAACAAUCAGGAAACAGCUAAUUCCUUCGAUCGUGCCUGCGACUUGUGAAAACCUCCCAAACAACUAAUCUACAUCUAUCUUCACUAGGAAAAUGAAAUACUAGUUCACAGUUCUCAAAUAAAGUUUGAUGUUCAAAAAUGAUUUUCGCGCGGACUCACAAGCGGUCCUACCACCAGUAAAAAGGUAGCAUAUAUUCAUUCCCAGAGCACAAACCAUUCCCGUAUCGAAUUUAUAAUACGCGCUUCUACGAAAUCUAUCCUUUUUGCGGACUUUUGUGGGGAAAAACGACUCAUUACAUACGUAAUAUUUAAAUCAAAAUACAAUAAAUUUAAAAUUACAAUUUAUCAGAAUUAUUUAUGAGAUUAUUAAAAAUAAAGAAAAAUCAAAUCAAAUUAAAUUAAAAUUAUUAAAAUUAACAUUGUCAACUACUAAUAUAAAAUUAAAAUUAGGUAAAUUUAUAUAUAUAUAUAUUUUUUUGUUUUUUGUUUUUAUUGGUUAGAUGAGUGUACGAGCUCACAGCCCACCUGGUGUUAAGUGGUUACUGGAGCCCAUAGGCAUCCACAACGUAAAUGCGCCACCCACUUUGAGAUAUAAGUUCUAAGGUCUCAAGUAUAGUUACAACGGUUGCCCCGCCCUUCAAACUGAAACGCAUUACUGCUUCACGGCCGAAAUAGGCAGGGUGGUGAUACCCACCCGCGCGGACUCACAAGAGGUCCUACCACCAGUAAAAAUGAACUAAUAGUAACCGUCACUAACUAUAUAUCAGUCACUGUGUUGGAUUAGCGAGAGAUAGAUGCUUAUUACAACUGUGUAUUAUAUAAGGAGAGAGCAAACAAAGCUGAUCAUCAAACGAAAACCCGAUGUGGGAAUCGAAUCCACGACACUCGGGACAACAGUCAAGUCCGCUAACUACUGAGUCAGUCAUCAUUUGCAUCAAGGCUUAAGUAAAUGCUUCUGUUUCUGCUUACUUAGUAAUGUAUAGAAGAUAAUUAAAUUUCAUCAGAAGUAGAUUUAGUUCACUUAGUAAUAUGAUUAUUAAAUACUAAAUUAAUUAAAUAUAUUAAGUAAGCAUUU